CUGAUACUGAGAACACUGCUGCCCUCACUGCAGGACCGGUGCCAGCACCACAUCCGGGUUGCCCGGAAGCGGCAGUGACCUCAGUAAUCCCUGCUGCCGACCUGCUGUAAUAACAAGUCAUAGUGGGUGUGUGCAUGGAGCCGAGAGGUAUUGUGAAAGCUUUCCCUAAAGUAAAAAGGCUGAGAGAGAACAGCAGUUCCACGCAGGACCCAAAAAAGAUCAAAGCAGAUAUUGCUGUUCAAGAAUGUUUUUUCGCGGGAGUACAUGCACACAUCCUGCAGGCAGGAAUUGGCCAGGCCAGAUCCGGAAUAUUUCAAAAACAGAUUAUUCAAAAUGGCGGCCAGGUUUCUCCUCAGUUUUGCCCGGAGGUGACACACAUUAUAGUAGAUGAUGGUAUGGACUGCGACCGUGCCUUCCGGCUGCUGAAGCUGCAGACUCUGCCCGCUGGCGUGCAGCUGGUAAAGUCCUGCUGGUUAAGCCUGUGUUUAAAGGAAAAGAAGACUGUAAAUACAACAGGGUACAGCCUCUUCAUCCCAGAUCGGUACCUGGAUGUCAAGAACCAGUCAGAGACUGAACAAAGAGACCAGGGCUCUGUGAGUGACAGGAAACCACAUGAUGAAAAAAUGACACAGGCCACAGCCAGCUGCUCGCACACGGAACCGGCUCCUGAUGUCUCCGCCGCACUGACUGAUGGCAAAGUGUUUAAAGGACAGAGGUCAGAGGAUGAGGGCAGCGAUGGAGAAGAUGUCAGCGUUACUCAAGGAGAUCUGGAUGCAUUAAUGUUUGGCCAACCUCUUGCUAAGAGCACAGAGCAUGAACAGGCUGGUGAGGAGAUGCCAGCAGUGACCGGAAAGUGGGUGUGCGCUCACUCAUCUGAGAGCAAGAGGGAGAAUCACAACCAGUUUAUCACGGACAAGCUGGAGGUGCUGGCUAAGGCUUACACUGUGCAAGGCGACCGCUGGAGAUCUCUGGGUUAUUCAAAAGCUAUAAAUGCACUAAAAAGUUACCAUAAACCAGUCACUUCAUCACAGGAAGCUGCUAAAAUCCCAGGGAUUGGUAAGAAAAUGGCCGAAAAAAUUGAUGAAAUUCUGGACAGCGGUCACCUGCGUAAACUAGACCAUAUGAGUGACAGCGUUGCCAGCCUGGAGGUGUUCUCUAACAUCUGGGGAGCCGGUGUAAAGACAGCCCAAUGCUGGUACCAGCAGGGAUUUCGGACUCUGGAUGAUAUUCGUACAAAGGCAAAUCUCACCACACAACAGGCCAUUGGCUUGAAGCAUUACGAGGACUUCCUAGAUCGCAUGUCCAGGGAAGAGGCUGGAAAAAUCGAACAGACUGUCAAAAAAGCGACUAGCGAGAUAAACCUGGAGUUAAUCAGUGUGGCUUGUGGCUCUUACCGGCGACAAAAGUCAACAUGUGGGGACGUAGACGUUUUAAUUACACAUCCUGAUGGAAAGUCUCAUAAAGGAGUUUUCAGCAAACUCAUUGACAGCCUUAAGUUGCAAGGAUUCCUAACUGAUGAUCUGGUGAGCCAUGAGGACAACGGAAGCCAGAAGAAAUACAUGGGUGUUUGUUGUUUGCCAGGACCGGGGCAAAGACAUCGGAGACUGGACAUCAUAGUUGUGCCUUAUGGGGAGUUUGCAUGUGCUCUAAUGUAUUUCACUGGUUCGGCUCACUUCAACCGCUCCAUGCGUGCUCUGGCAAAAACCAAAGGGAUGAGUUUGUCUGAGCACUCCCUGAACAUGAACGUGGUGCGCAAUAGGAGCGUGAAGGUCAAUGCUGGCUACCCUGUGCCAACGCCAACCGAGAGACAUGUAUUUGAGGUCCUUGGUCUUCCUUUCAGAGAACCGCAUGAAAGAGAUUGGUAGAUUCAGUAAUGGUUAGAUGAAUUGGAUCAUGGGGAAGUAUUGCUUCUAAACAUCUAGUCUAUGGUUUAGAGGUCAUCAGGUUAUUCAUAAAUACCUGUAAUGUGAGAUGAGUAUUCAAGCGUUCCUGUUACUUUAACAUCAGUGAGACACAAAAACAAAGGUUCUCAUGACAUAAUAAUGUCACUAGGUUUAAAUGAAUUGAUUAAUAAUGAAUGUAACCUUUCCGUCUACUGCGUUGCAAGAAGGUCUCUCAUGGCUGUCCAUAACAUCUUUCAUUAUGCGGGUUGGACAUAUAUGGGCCAGCAGAAAAGAUGCAUAUGAUACUAGCCGUUAUUGAAAAUUGGUCUCCACUGGCAGCUUUUCUGUUGGACAGUUAAAUCUGUAUAUGUCUUAGGACGAAUACAUGUGGGACGCGUGGUGUGACCACUUGAAAUUAUGACACAGUUCUACUACAUUUAAAUAUUUUAAUAUGAUAAAUAUUUAAUAAAUUUGCAAUACCAGAUAGAAAUAGAAAA